CUUGGUUUGUUGAAAUAGCACAAGGAUCGUUUUGUAAAAUUUUGGGGGAAAUGAAAUUUCAGAGUUCUUCUUGAAAUUUUCACUCUUUUUCCAAUUCCCGCGAUUCUCUUCCCUCCUUUUAAUUUACCCACAUUUGUCCUUAGUACUAUAAGAUUUGUCCCUUUUUGACAGUCAAAACUUUGGAAGCUCACUUUUCAUCCAUCUGAUUUAGGUAAAAUGUGAGUUUCUAUGUUUUAUAUAUGUCAAGUUAAGUUUUGCUUUCUGGGUCGAGCUCGUUGCACAUGGCUUGUCUAGUGGGGUUAUCUCUCCCGUGUGGUUUGCGAGUUAUUGCACAGGAGCGGGGUUUACCUGUGCGCACCCAAAAGGUAGCGGCUGCGGGUUUCCUGGUCAUCAAGAUCCAGUAAGCUUCUUCUCUUUCUGGGUUGUGUUGUCAACGAUUUAUUGCUUGGCUGCUCCAAAGCUUAUAGGUUUUAACUGAAGGAAUGCGGAUUUGAGCAUGACAAAUAUACGUUGGAGACUUGUGUAUGCAUGUAUAGUGCAUUAAUAUAUUAAUUGGGAUUAGUGAUGGAGUGCAACAAGGAUGAAGCCCUAAGGGCUAAAGAGCUGGCUGAGAUGAAAAUGCAGAGUAAUGACUUUGGAGGGGCUCAAAAGGUUGCACUGAAAGCUGAACGGCUUUACCCUCAGCUAGAGAAUAUAUCGCAGCUACUUGCUGUUUGUAAUGUCCACUGUUCAGCUCAGAGAAGUACAGUGGGAUCAGAAAAGGACUGGUAUGGGAUCCUCCAAAUUGAUAUGAUGGCUGACGAAGUGACUGUCAAGAAACAAUACCGGAGACUUGCGCUUGUACUUCAUCCUGACAAAAACAAGUUUCCAGGUGCAGAAGCAGCUUUCAAGCUAAUUGGGGAAGCAAAUAUGGUGCUUUCUGAUCCGACGAAAAGGGCUUUGUAUGAUAGUAAGUAUAGGGUUUUAUCUAAAGGUUCAGCAGUAAAGCAACCAUCUUAUCAGGUUAAUCGAAAUCCUCCGGCUAGACAAAAUAAUAUUCCAAAUGGUUAUCCGAAUAAUAUUCAGCAAACACGACCAACUUCAUCAGCAGUUCCGGAAACAUUCUGGACGGGAUGUCCUUUUUGCAGUAUUAGGUACCAGUACUACAGGAGUUUUGUGAACAGAGCUUUGCGCUGCCAGAAAUGCUCAAAGCCUUUUAUUGCAUAUGAUUUAGGUUCUCAAGGUGCACCUCAAUGGAGUCGUCCUGGCGGUCAGGAUGUGCCUCUUCGGCCAAACAUGAGCCAGCCUUAUCAGCAGAAAGAGGUUCCCACCUCAGCUGGGGCCCAAAUGGGAUCACAACGGGGUCCUAGCGGUAGAACACAACCAGAGGUACCAAGAGAAAAGACUGCUCAGGUAUUUGAGGAUUUAAAGGCGAGAGGGAAGGCAGAAAAGGGAAUGAGUGGUACAAAUGCAGGGGGCGCUGCUAAAAAGAACAGGAAAAGGAGUAAGAAGCAAACAGUUGAAUCAAGUGAGAGCAUUGAUACUUCCAGCAGCACUGAGCCUGAAACUGUGGACAUUGAGUCUGGAGAAGGUUUUGGAUUUGAUAGUUCCCGUCCUAGGAGAUCCUCUCGCCUACGCCGCCAGGAUGUCUCCUAUAAUGAAGGUGCAAGUGAUGACGAGAAUGAUUCUGCCAACCCUCUGAAGAAGGCACGGGCUGGAGAUGAUACUUCAAAGCACAAAAACAGUGAUGGCUUAAAGGAUGUCAAACCAACUGCUAAUUCCAAGGCAAAUGCUACUCAAAAUGGAACAGCCCCUCCUAAAGCAAAAUUGCAAGAUGAAAAUUCCAAAUUUGAUAAGCAGGCUGCUGGACUGGCAGAAGAAGUUGAAGUCGUUGAUUCCUCUGAUUCAGAAUCUGAUAGCGAUGAUUCUCCAGAGUUAUAUAACUGUCCUGAUUCAGAGUUUAGUGAUUUUGAUAAGCAAAGGGAAGAGAGUUGCUUUGCUGUUGACCAAAUCUGGGCUUGUUAUGAUACAGCUGAUGGCAUGCCAAGAUUCUAUUGUCAGAUUAGGAAAGUUUUGUCUCCUGGAUUUGAGCUACGGUUCACUUGGCUCGAGGCUAAUCCAGAUGAUGAAGAAGACAUGGACUGGGUAGAGGCAGAGUUGCCUGCUGGUUGUGGGAAAUUUAAACGUGGGAGUUCUCAAAAGACUAAUGAUCGUCUUACAUUCUCUCAUCAAGUGCAGUGCGAAAAGGGUAAGAGAGGUGCAUUCAUUUUAUAUCCUAGGAAAGGGGAGACAUGGGCUCUUUUUAAGGAUUGGCAUAUCGGUUGGAGCUCCAACCCAGAAAAACAUAGCGAGUACAAGUAUGAAAUUGUGGAGGUUCUUUCUGAUUUCGUUAAGGAUGUUGGUAUAAAAGUGAACUAUCUGGAUAAAGUGAGUGGAUUUGUUAGCGUUUUCCGGCCCACCAGCCAGACUAUGGUUGGCUCAUUUUUUGUAAAGCCAAAUGAACUUUACAAGUUCUCUCAUCGAAUCCCAUCAUUCAGAAUGACUGGAACUGAAAAAGAGGGUGUACCUGUGGGAUCGUUUGAACUUGAUCCUGCUUCUUUACCACUUAAUCCAGGUGACAUUUGGUACCCUGGGAAACUGGAGAAUGUGACAACACCUAACAAAGGAAUGGAUGCUACUGAUGGAGGAGAGUCAUCUAAGGUUCGAAGAUCUCCCAGGGGUGUGAAUAUCUCCAUGACUAGAAAAUUGUCGACAUGACAGAUUCUUUUCUUCUGCUUUUCUUGCACAGUGAAGCUUUCAUUCGGCUAGACUCAUGGAUUUUGUCAUAACUUACCAGUAGGAUUAAGACAAUAGUGGUCGCGGGCCUGAACGCUUUUUUGACUGCAGUAUGUGUUCUCACAACUCUUAUUGCUAGUGUAUGUCCUUUGUGUAAUUUUUGCUGAAUCAAAAGUAUCUUCAGAUCAUUUCCUGAGGGAUGGAUUAAGGAUAUUUAAUUUGAACCA